AAUCUUUAAAAAAACAAGAUUGAAUAUUUGACUGAAGAAUGACGACCCAUCUCCCUCAUUGGUCAAAGCUUAGCUUUCACAAGAAGUCUAAACUCGGUCCUGAAGGGGGGUCCCCGAAAAACUCGAGAAAAACUCGAAGUACUAUCGAGCUGCCUGAAAGGGAAGAGGAGGAUGGUUCAAGGAGGGAGGGAGACGAAACCUCAGAUAACAAUAACAAAGAAAAUAUGCUUGAAUCAGAUUUAGAUAAAAAGUUGGAUUUGGAAAGUGUGUUAAAUAUGGCGACCUCUGCCGAGAACCCUCUCAGGUUUUCCUGUCACACUCUCGACAAGGCAACUAAAGCCAAGGUGACCCUGGAGAACUACUACAGCAACCUAAUCUCACAACACAGAGAGAGAAAGGACAGACUAAGAAGACUUGAAGAAUCCCUCACGGAACCUACCCUACCCGAGACCGUACGAGUAGAGAAACGAACCCAGCAUGCAGCCAAAGAAACAGAAUUUUUGCGCCUCAAGCGCUCUCGCCUUGGGGUGGAUGACUUUGAAUCGUUAAAAGUAAUCGGUAAAGGAGCUUUUGGUGAGGUGAGACUAGUACAGAAGAUAGAUACUGGUCACGUGUACGCUAUGAAAAUUCUUCGUAAGGCUGAUAUGGUGGAAAAAGAACAGUUGGCGCAUGUCCGAGCUGAACGAGACAUAUUAGUUGAAGCAGAUCAUCAGUGGGUGGUCAAGAUGUUUUAUUCAUUCCAGGAUCCUUGUAAUCUUUACCUCAUCAUGGAAUUUCUACCUGGAGGAGACAUGAUGACACUAUUAAUGAAGAAGGAUACAUUGUCAGAAGAGGCAACUCAGUUCUAUAUUGCAGAAACAGCCUUAGCUAUAGAGUCCAUACAUAAACUAGGGUUUAUACACAGGGAUAUAAAACCUGAUAAUCUUCUGCUGGAUGCCCGGGGUCACGUGAAACUAUCAGAUUUUGGACUCUGUACUUUUAAAAUCUUGCAAUCUGACCUUUAUAGAAUACAUUUAAUGAUGAUUUUAAAUUUAACUUUGUUUUUAAAGUUGGAAGUAAAGCCAUCAGAUUUUAACUCCCCUGUAGACUCUAAGCGGAAAGCAGAAAGUUGGAAAUCUAAACGAAGAGCUUUGGCGUAUUCUACAGUUGGAACUCCUGACUAUAUUGCUCCGGAAGUAUUUAAACAAACAGGAUAUGAUAAAAGCUGUGAUUGGUGGUCUCUUGGUGUUAUUAUGUUUGAAAUGUUAAUAGGUUAUCCUCCAUUCUGCUCUGAAACACCUCAGGAGACUUACAAGAAGGUUAUGAACUGGAGAGAGAGUUUAGAAUUUCCUCCUGAAGUACCGAUCUCAGAAGCUGCUAAGGCAACAUGUCUCAGGUUUUGUCGAGAAAUGGAGCUCCGUGUAAAAUGUAUAGAAGACAUUCAAGCUUUGUCCUGGUUUCAGGGAGUUGAUUGGAGUCAUAUCAGGGAGAGACCGGCAGCUAUCCCAGUCCAAGUUCGAUCUAUCGACGACACCUCAAACUUUGAUGAAUUUCCUGAUGUAGAUUUAAAAAUACGGGUUCCGACAACUGUGAGACCGGAAAAGGGACAACAAGCUUACAAGGAUUGGGUUUUUAUAAAUUACACCUUUAAGAGGUUUGAAGGAUUAACCCAGAGAGGAGUUCCAAACGCUCGAGACGUUGUCAAACAAUGAAUUCCGCCAUCUUGAAUCCUCUCAUUUUGAAUCCUGCCAUCUUGAAUUCCGCCAUCUUGAAAUCGAGGCUUACAAGAUCUAAACUCAACAUUUAGAUCUAAACUCAACAUCUAGAUCUGAACUCAACAUCUAGAUCUGAACUUAACUUCUAGAUCUGAACUCAACAUCUAGAUCUGAACUCAACAUCUAGAUCUGAACUCAACAUCUAGAUCUGAACUCAACAUCUUGAUCUGAACUCAACAUCUAGAUCUGAACUUAACUUCUAGAUCUGAACUUAACAUCUGGAUCUGAACUCAACAUCUAGAUCUGAACUUAACAUCUAGAUCUGAACUUAACCUCUAGAUCUAAACUCAACAUCUAGAUCCAAAUUCUACAUCUUAUCUACUCAUAAGCUAUUUUGGAUCAUGGCGGCUCCAAUCCUAAUCUCAAAUAUAUUGAUUCAGUUUCUAAAAAAUAUCAGUUUUAUGAUAAGGAAAUUACUGUCCUGGCUUGAUCAACAGAAAGUAAUUGAACGAUGUUUUAUGUGUUUACUCUUCAGUACACUUCUCUGUUGUGUUAUUGUUAAAAAUAAACGUGACCAAAUCUGAGAAAAACUGGUCCUAAAUCUUGUCAACAAGUCGGAUAAUAACAAAAAUGAUUUAACGAUAAUAGAAAAGGAAUAGACUGAGAAUGUAGAAACGACCCUCACGCACCAAACCACGAGCUUCUUUACUCUUCUUUAAUCCAAACCAAAUAAUUUCACGCGCCAUAAACCAAAAAUCCGUGAAAAUCCAAACCAAAUUUGGCGCGAACUUAUUAUUGCUGGAACGAGAGUGCCAAUACCUAGACUCGAAUAUUAAACGCCAAAAUGGUUGAUUAAAACACUAUUUAUUGUGAUACAUGCUGCUACACACAUCAUUCUUACAGAAAAAAAGUUUAAAAAUUCAACCAUUCAAUAUUUUUUAUAAUGAACACUGCACCCAUACAUAGUCAGUAUAGUGGGUUGUCAAGUAGUCAUCACUAGUUAUUAUAAACAUAUAAACAACAUAAAGUCCACAUAUAUAGCACAUUAUGCCUCAGAAAUGUUUGGCUUAAAAGAUUAAACUCUUUUUAGCCGAUUAUUUAUCGUUAUUUGUAGAUCUUUAGUCUGUGAUACGCGGUCAGACCGUUUUAUUCUGUUGUAAAAUAAUUUCUGGUUUUUGUGAUUCAGUGAACAUUUUCAGGGAUAUAAAUGUUCCCAUUUAAUCAACCUCCCCCCCCCCUAAAAAUC